AUGACUUUACGAUCAUCAAUUAACCAUAGAUCUAAAGAAGAUAUUGCUGGAUUUGCUCGUCUUACCCUUGAGAUUGUCAAAGCCAAUGCCUCUUUAACAUUGGAGCACGUACAAAAGGGUUAUAUACAACAAACAAAUGGACUAGAACAAAAAAGGGCCAUGAGGGAUUGUAUUGCUUUAUACAACAUGAUAGUGAAUGUACAUCUGCGAGAGGCUUUAAAUGCUAUGGAAAAAUAUGAUUAUAAGAUUGUUAAACAAAGGGUUUAUGCUGCUAGCAUACAAGCUGAGAUAUGUGAGAAUAAAUUCAAAAAUUCGUUGACAAAGCCUUUAAAGGAUACAAACCGAUAUGUGCAAAACCUGUGUAUUAUUGCUGCGUCCAUUGUUAACAAAUUGCUUUUGCAAAACCACCUAACCUCUGCUUAUUAA